GACCAUUUAAAAGACUUUUGGCUAACAAAACUUAGCAAGCUUUCCUUUUAACAUUAAAAAACAAGUAUUUCAAUUUAACAACCGAUAUGCAAUAGAUACAUUUGUUUUCACACAACCCAAAUUAAAAGCAUGUCUUCAAAAUUAAUGGCCCGACUAAGCGUAAUAGCCGGAAUCGUCACGUCCGUCAAGCAAGGUUGGAUCAAGCCGGAGGAGCAGAUGGUGCAUGAUGCCUCCGAGAAUAUCACAAGGACCUUCCCCCUUUUGAAAGAAAGCGAGUUCAGCUUCUCGGCUGUAAGCGACUGCAGUGUGGCUCUCCAGCGGGGAUUCUACUUCUCCCUUCGAAUGCCCGACUGGGCGAGGGACUUCAAGGAGCAGACCCAGAAGAUCCUUGGCCAUAGUUUUGAGGUCCCAAUGCAAGACCCUAAAAGCGGAAAAGAUUCGAAGCUCUCAAAGUACUACGGGGAUAAUCGCUCUGAACGUUAUGGGGUAAUCUUUUCAGAGACAACUACUGGCAAUUUCUUUGAAGAUAUUCCUCGAGAGAUGCAAAUUCCUCCUGGUCAAACCAAGUCUAACCGCCCAGUGCGUUCACCCAAGAUCAAGGACGAUCUAACAUGCGGCAAAAAAGUGUCAUCUUAAAAACUCCGACAUCGGCUGUCACAAAA